CGGAGAAGUUUGUCUGGAUAGCGUGGUGUUUGGCUUGGUUUGGUUUUGUGAAGUUUAGUCAAGUAUAUGCUCGGCGUCCGGUAAUUUUGCGUCUCAGCUGAACGACGAACUCCCACUUUUGAGUAUCCAUCUCGUGGAUUGCGUUUGCGAUUGCGAUUGCGACUGCUGCUGCUUCGCUUCUGUUCGAGUUCGAUGGUGGAAGUCAGUGCGCGGCGACGAACGCUGUUGAUAUCGUUAUCGUUUUCGCUACCAGUUUAACCAACAACGGGCAAUGUUUAAAUUACACGUCGUGUACAAAAACGAACGGAUAUCUGUUUAUGUCUCAUUGGUUUAAGUGGAUACGUGUGUGUAUCACGACAUUUGUGUAGCUUGUGUAUAGCGGAGUAAAAAGGGGAGAAGGUAGUUUGGACGGACGGCUACGGCAACGGCAACGACAACCAAACGGAAUUGGCCUCUAAUGAGCUGGUUAUCUACAGCGGAGGCGAUACUUUGCUUACUGACGGACGUCUGUACUGUGAGAGAUUAUAGUGCGGUUUCGAAAUAAUUAUGAUUUUUUCUUAAUUUUGCAAUGGUGAAACAAAAAACGUCAAUUUAAUCAAAAGAAUUAAAUUAAAAGAUUAAAAAAAAAGAAAUAUAUACAGCAAAAAGUUAAAUCAAAUGUGUGUUAACAAAAAUUCUUUUCAUUUAUAAGAAUUGAGAAAAAAAUCAUUCACUGUGUGAUUUUGACAAAUUUGUUUAAAUAAAAGUGUUUUGUUUGCCCUACUAUAUUAUAAAUCAAUGUUUAUCGAUGAGUUUUUUGACUAAAUGCAAACAAGAAAUUAAUGAUUGAAUAACAAAAUUGGUCAAGUAUAGUAUGCAAAUUUGUUCACAGUGGAUUCAAUUAACAAAAUGGCCGUUGGACCGACGGAGGGUAAAAAUCCUCCUUCCGAGACAUUUUCCCCAAAUCAUCAGAUUAUAGCACCCAGUCCGAUAUUGGCGGUUCCUACGUUGGCAUUUUCGGCAACUCAAGUUGAAAUUGUUUGCAAAACACUUGAAGACUCAGGGGAUAUUGAGCGUUUAGCGAGGUUCCUUUGGAGCCUGCCAGUGGCUUUACCUAAUAUGCACGAAAUAUUAAACUCAGAAGCAGUUCUCCGGGCGAGAGCUGUUGUAGCUUAUCAUGUUGGAAAUUUCAGGGAACUAUAUGCAAUAAUAGAAAAUCAUAAAUUUACGAAAGCAUCUUAUGGAAAGUUACAAGCAAUGUGGUUGGAAGCUCACUAUAUAGAAGCUGAAAAACUACGUGGACGUUCGUUAGGACCUGUUGACAAAUAUAGAGUUCGCAAAAAAUUCCCCUUACCACCAACAAUUUGGGACGGAGAACAAAAAACGCAUUGUUUUAAGGAAAGAACGAGGAGUCUUCUAAGAGAAUGGUAUCUUCAAGAUCCAUAUCCGAAUCCAACGAAAAAAAGGGAGCUCGCUAAAGCGACUGGUCUCAAUCCUACACAAGUAGGCAAUUGGUUUAAAAAUCGAAGGCAACGAGAUCGAGCGGCUGCAGCUAAAAACAGAAUGCAACACAAUCAAAACAACCCAGGUAUGUCUUUCCAAUGCCGAAGAGCAGAGGGUGCUUCAUCGCCAGCUCCAUCCGACACGUCCGAUUCAGAUAUAUCGCUGGGAACCCAUUCGCCUGUACCUAAUAGUCUACCCCUGCAACAUAGUCCCGGAUCUACGUCGAACGGCGGCAACGAUCGCGACGAUCGAGAUCUUUGUAUAGACGAUGACAAGCCACGAGACCUGACAAGCUCUCUCAAUACAAACGCUGGAUAUCCGGCCGUUAUAUCCUGCAUGCAACCAUUUAAACUGGACACCACAGCUGCUAGCUUCUUGAAUGCCGGUUGUUAUUUGCAGAAUUUUUCAAAUCUAAAAGAAAUGUCACAGUUUCCAAUUCAGCCUACUGUAAUUAGACCGCACCCACAGCUUCCACAAACCAUUACACUUAAUGGAAAUCAAAUUCAUUCGUACACGACGCCAAAUUAUGCAGUAGAUAGCACGCCCCCGCCUAAAAUUCGGGUUAACUCACCAGAGAAGCUCAACUCGUCGGCCAACAGUAUCAACUCGAAUUCGAUGACUUCGCUUCAGGAAAUGUCAUAUCAUCACUCUGCGGCGCAGUUUUUACAUAGACCUUUCUCAACAUCACCACAGCCCUCCCAUACGGCCUCUGAAGUAACAUGAAAUUAGGCACUUAGCUUUCGAUUUAAAUAUUAAAAUUAAAAUUAAAAUAAUAAUUAUUAUUAUUUUUAUUUAGGUACAAUAAUUUAUAAGAAACGCAAUCAUUUGUCUGAUUGUAUAAAAUUUUUAAGGCAUAUCGUUGAAGCUUAAUGAAUUUUUGCAUUUUUGUUUACUUUUUUCUUCAAAUAACAUUUUCAAACUUAUCUACACUAAGUGAUUUAUCGAACAUGCAACUUAAAAAAAAUACUGGCUUUAAGUUCAUUUUUUCUAUUAAGUGAAAACGAAACUUUUUAACGGAAUAUAGAGAUACCUCUGCUCUCUACAAACAUUUUACACUUCUUAUUCAUCCUGGCUUGCACAAAUCUUCAUGCAAAAAGCUCGAUUAAUCGCUCAAUGUAGAUAUGAUUCAAGGCUAGAAGCGUAUUAAUUUAUAUUUCAGAUCAAGGACAUUUAGAAAUCUGACUUCUGGGAUACACCUUUCAGGUUCGAUUCCUGUCUAUUGAACUUUUUGUAAAGUUCACCAUGCGUUUCUAGCUUUAAUUUUUUUUUUCAUAUACUUACAUAAGUAGGAGUUACAUCUUGACCUACAUUACAUUAUUGUAAACUGUCCUACUAAGCAGAAUUGAAAUUGUAAAUCUUGUAUAAAUAUAACUUAAAAUUGUCAACAUUUUUUGAUUUUAAUAAUAUAAUUUGUAAGCCCUUUAACAAAAGAGGUCAAAAGCACAAAUAAUGUUCAAUUUUUAAAGGGACCUUAUGCUUCGCCUAUAGUGAUAUAUAUUGACUACAUACCUACAUACAUACAUAAAUGAAAUAUUUUAUUUAACUCUAACGUUUUUCUUUUUCCGUAAAACAUUUAAUUUAAUUAUAUAUAUAACAAACCUAAAACAAAAAAAUCAAAUCAAAGGUUUUUGAUAUAAAUACAAAUGCCGAUAAAUUGUUUUUGUAAUAAUUAUAUAUAUGCUAAAUUCCUAAUUAUUAGAAAUAAUUUAAAUAGUAGUCAUAAUCUAAACAAGUGUAUAACAUAAUAAACUAAUAAAAAUUAUCGAAAUAAGUACA